CCACGCAAGACAUCAACAACAAAAUAGAUUACGACUACGUAAUGAAAAAUGAUAAAGUGUUAUAGAAGUUGGACUUUCACGGCUUUAUACGAUUUUUUAUAAAUUGAAUUACGUUGAACAUUUAAACAACUGCAAAAUGUGAUUAAUUUUAUACCGAGGGCACGCGUUUAUUACAGUCACCUGUUUCUAACUAGUUUAGCAUUAUCAUUAUAUCACGUUCGCAGGUCGAGAGUUGAAUUCUUUUUUGGUUGCCUUUAAAUGUCCAGUAUUUUCAUUUUCAUUUUUAUAUAUUCUUUGCCAGAAACUCGCGAACAUCGCUAGUUAUCGCGAGAAAACAACGCGAUAUGAUGUAAUCUGUUGGUUCGAGACAUUGCCAGAACAUUUGCGAACAUCGGCUCAAUUCGCAGUAUAUCUUUACCUCUACCAUCACUCGAGCCAGCAUUUCAAUUCCAUCCAUUUAUUCGAGUACGAGAAUCGGAUACCGAAUGAUGAUGAUGAUGAUGAAAUGACGCGAUUACUAAAGAUGAAAUUUCGAACGUGUCCGAUGCUGUCUGUCGAGUAUUGAUUUCUUCGAGUUGUUUCAAACGUACCAACGACUUUUUACGUUUCACUUGGUUUUUACGUAGGUACAUAUUUCGUGAGAAAGCGUAGGUAUUGGCGUGUAAUUUCAGUUCCAAGUUUCCAACUACCCAACCCAGCUACCUAGUAUCUAGUACGUCUCGGGUGCGUGCGAAUUGGUUGCUCAGCGUCAGCAUCAGCAACGCCGCGUCGCGGCGGUAAUGUUUUCCAAUUACGUUUCGGAAAUCAUCGUUAUCGGUUUAUAAUAAAAUAACGUACGUACCCUAGCUCGAUCCCUCGUGUAAUCGCAAUCGCCAUCGCCAAUAAUAGCUUAGGUACUCGAAAAGCUAAUCAAUUUCGAACGCGAUGGAUCAAGAAACGGUGUACGGUGCGAACGAAGAUUCGCAUAUCGUCAUGUCGGAAAAGGUGCAAACGCUAGCCGGCAGUAUCUAUCAAGAAUUCGAAAAGAUGAUGGCGAAAUACGACGAAGAUGUGGUGAAAGACCUGAUGCCAUUGGUGGUGAACGUGUUGGAAUGCUUGGAUUUAUCUUACACCGAAAAUCAAGAACACGAAGUCGAAUUGGAGUUGCUGCGAGAGGAUAACGAACAACUGGUCACUCAAUACGAGCGUGAAAAACAACUUCGCAAAUCCGCCGAUCAAAAAUUAUUGCAAAUAGAAGAUGCUCUAGAAGACGAGAGAAAAGAUUUGUCUGAAAAAGUAGAAAGUUUAGAAUCCAUCGUUCGCAUGUUGGAGUUGAAAGCUAAAAAUUCAUCCGAUCACGUUUACAGAUUAGAAGAAAAAGAGCAAGAAAUGAAAAAGGAAUUUGCGAAAUUGCACGAACGGUACACGGAGUUGUUCAAAACUCACAUGGACUGCAUGGAACGAACCAAGAUUUUGAUGGGUACCGGAGACAGAACGGACGUGUCCGCUAGAUCGAGACUGCCCGCCAUGUCCAUGUCUCAUAUGAGCAGGUCGUCCGGCCCGAUAUCGUUCGGAUUCAGCUCUUUGGAGUGUUCGACGGCGAACGUGGCCAAAUCAAUCAAUAGUCCGGUAGAAUGCUCGACGAUUUCAGCUUCACCGCCCGACAGUAAUCAGUCGAACACGAGUUUGAAAAACGAACUGAACGCCGAAUUGCAGGGUAACGUUUGCGUUGCGGCAAUCGACGAAGAACCUUCCGAAAAAGGUUGGUCCGAGACUUUGGGUAUGGCGAGUAAAGACAACAGUCCGGAUCAAGAAUUGCCCGAAGACCUGCCUCCAAUUCUAUCUACUACCGUCACUCCCGCUGCUGGCAAAAGUCAUACGAAAAGGGAGCAAAGAAGCGGAAAUACUUUGUAUCAAGAAUUGAGUUUUCAAGAUGCCGAAGCCCUCGGAGAAAUGGACGACGGAGUUGACAUUACUGGCAGUUGGGUUCAUCCAGGAGAUUACGCGUCAUCUGGAAGUGAAAAUAGCUCGGAGAAUCAACCUUGUUCCGUUAAUGACAAUUUCUUCGGUAUGGGAAAAGAAGUAGAAAAUUUAAUCAUGGAAAACAACGAACUGCUAGCAACCAAAAACGCCUUGAACGUGGUGAAAGACGACUUGAUUAUGAAGGUGGACGAAUUGACUAGCGAACAAGAAAUGUUCAAGGAAGAAAUUAAAUCGUUGCAAACGCUCAAGUCGAAAUUAAUGCAACGUAUCAACGAAUUGGAGGACGAGGUGAAAUGUGCCAAAGAAGAAGCUGAAAAACUAGCCAAGUCUAAUAAAUCGGAUGACGAGGAAGAUAUUCCGAUGGCGCAGAGGAAACGAUUCACGCGAGUUGAAAUGGCUCGCGUACUUUUAGAGCGCAACCAGUACAAAGAGCGUUUCAUGGAGUUACAAGAAGCCGUUAGAUGGUCCGAAAUGAUCAGAGCGACAAAAAACGAUCCGGCUUUGGAUAAGAAAAAUAAGCACGGCGUUUUUUGGAAAUUUUUUGGUAGUCUGUUCAGCGGCAGCGGCGAUAAUCGAACCGGCAUCGGUGGCGGCGGCGGCGGUGCUUCCAACACUUAUCAAAAAAAGGACAUGCCUUUGGGAUACGUACAUUACAACGCGCCCACUUAUCACGUCAGCCCGGCUUUGGAAACGAUGAGAAGACGUCACAUCAACGAUCGUCGAAGAGGCUUCGAUUAUUUCGACUCGAACGACGUCAGCAGUACGGCGGAGAAAUCGCGGAGAGCUAUCGAAAAAAAGGAUCAAUUUCGCCAAGUCAGAGCUCACGUAUCGAAAGAUGACGGCCGUCUGCGAGCGUACGGCUGGAGUCUUCCGGGAAACAAAAUCCCGACGCCGGCCGCUCCGCCGUUACCGAGCAGUUCGUCGCACGUUCCGGUUCCCGUACCGGUUUACUGUAGACCGCUGAUGGAACACGAGCCCGGAAUGAAACUUUGGUGCGCUACUGGCGUAAAUUUGAGCGGCGGUCGAACUCGAGAUGGCGGCGAUAUCGUCGGCGCUAGCGUUUUCUAUUCAGCCAGAAAUUGGCAGAUGGACGAGCCCGAUGACGAGGUGGGCGACCGAGAUGUCGAACCGGCCCAAGAUACGUUACAAAAUCCGGAAAUAGCCAAAAUUGAUCGAGAACUCAAAGAAGGCGAGCAGUUGAGGAUGGAGAACGAAAUUCCGGACAUGCAGCGUUUAUCGUCGUUGGUGUGGAUUUGUACGACGACCAAAUCAGUCAGCAAAGUGAUGAUUAUCGACGCGAAUAAUCCGGGCGAUAUUUUACACACGUUUACCGUUUGUCAAGCUCAUUUGCUGUGCAUCGCUUCGGUUCCAGGAGCUAAAGAAAGCGAUUAUUUGGACGAUUCGCAAAUUUACGAAAACGAAAAUAACGCGCGAAGAGUGAACGUAGCCGAAGGCGGUGGCGACGACGACGACGACCAAGAAAGCGACCAUAGCCGAGUCCGCCGCGGCGGAGAUGGCGAUUCGAAUCGAGUAGCGUCGGUUGACGGUUGCGGCGGCGGCGACGACAGAGAUUCGGGGAUUGGCAAAAUAACGUUUGUGAGUUGCGCGACUGGCAGCGAUGUGCCGCCGACUGAGCGAACUGCCGCCACCAAUGCUUCUGCAGCUGCUGCUUGUUCGCCUGCGGACGAAGACGGUUUUUCAACGUGCUCGAAACCUUUAGAAGUAACGGAAAAUACGCUUCGCGCCGAGAGUCGAGUACAUGCCGAUAAUGACGAAGGCGACGGCGACGGCGGAGGCGAUGGCGAUAACGAUAACGAAAGCGAAGGCGAAGGUGACAGUGCUGCUGGUAACAACGACGUUUCCCAGCAACACCAAGUUCCGUUGAGAAGAUUAAUCAAAGAAAUUAAGGAAGGACUGGUGAAAGACGGAUUAACCGAUUUACCUUCUGAUAACGACGUGGCGAACGAAGAAAUGGAAAAAAUGUCCAGCGUGCUGCCGACCAUUUGGCUGGGCGCGCAGAGCGGCUACAUCUUCGUACACUCUGCCGUUUCCCAGUGGCGAAGAUGCCUGCAUUCGAUCAAACUGAAAGAUUCGGUGCUGAGUAUCACACACAUUUUAGGUAAAGUGAUCUGCGCGUUAGCGGACGGAACGAUAGCGGUAUUCAGAAGAGGCGCGAACGGGCAAUGGGAUUUGAGUAAGUACCAUUCGGUGAGACUGGGUCCGGCCAGCUGCUCGGUACGUUGUUUGGUGGCUGUGCAUUCGCGAAUCUGGUGCGGAUACCGAAACAAGAUACACGUGUUGGACGCGAAAACGCUCGCAUUGUUGAAAUCAUUCGACGCUCAUCCGCGUAAAGAUAGUCAAGUCAGGCAAAUGGCUUGGCUAGGUGACGGCGUAUGGGUAUCGAUAAGACUAGAUUCGACGCUGCGACUGUAUCACGCGCAUACCUACGAACAUUUACAAGAUGUCGACAUCGAACCGUACGUCAGCAAAAUGCUCGGACCUGGAAAAGUGGGCUUCUCUUUCGUACGUAUUACCGCCUUGUUGAUAUCGUCGCAUCGGUUGUGGAUUGGAACCGGUAACGGUGUCAUCAUUUCUGUGCCUUUGUCCGAAUAUGCUGCCAAUAAAGUGACAACGACGACCACGACGACGACGACGGCAGCGGCGGCGGCGUCGGCAAUGGCCACAGCAGCCAGGCAGGCGGCUGCGGGCGUCGGUGUGCGUGUGUAUUGCGAUCUGUCGACGAGCGAGGUGACCGGAGCCAGUUUCGUUCCGUACUGUUCGAUGGCUCAAGCUCAAUUAUCGUUUCACGGUCACAGGGACGCGGUGAAAUUUUUUGUCGCCGUUCCAGGCAACGGCGGCAUGUCGGCAGCCACCAGCGAACCAACGGAGGGACCGAUCGUCGAAAAUGUGUGCGAAAACGAAUUAUUACCUUCGAUGCUAGUCAUUUCCGGUGGCGAAGGUUACAUCGAUUUCCGAACAGUCGAUGAUGCUGAAGAGGCUCAAGAUGCUGCAGCUCAUCUCAUUGUGUGGCAUGUGUUUUCUGGGUGAAACUGAAGACGAAUUAGAAGAUGAGGAAAACGCUUGCGUGGCCGCUGCAAAAGCUGACUUGUGUCAACUCAUCGUUUGGCAAGUGGCGCUUCCAUACCUUAAUUUUCAACGGUAGGUUAGGUUAGGUUAGGUUAGCCGUUAGGCGAAAACCACUCUUCUCUCAUCGAAAUCCAGAUCAGAUCCACAAUCAGAUCCAGAUCCAAAUCGAGACGCUUUGAGCGUAUACGUUCACUCACCUGCCUACCUACCUGCCUACCUACCUACCUACUUAUUUUGCUCUGUAGCUGGACAGAUAACAGACGUUGCGUUUCGCGUGUCACGGUCGCAUCGUUACGAUUAGUCAUUUCUAGUCAUCGGUUCUUUUUGUAUUUUUAUGAAAUAUUUUUCAAUUUGUUAUUUUUAUCGUUGUCGUUAUUCGUUAAUCGUUAUCCGUUAUCCGUUAUUACCCUUGACGCGUGUCGCGUACGAUGCGCUAGGUACUACAUAAACAUAAUUAUGUUUAUGUAUUAUGUAAUGUACUCCGCGUAUAUGCUGUAUGUCUAUUGUCUAUUGUCUAUUGUCUAUUGUCUAUGUAUCAUAAUUCAUAAUGUGCUCGAAUACGAGUAGGUAUUAUUGGGCGUGUAAGUGUACAGUACAGUGUAACCUACUGUAGGUACAUACGAGUACACGAGUAUGUCCUACGUGUAAUAAUUGUGUAUAAUGAUCAAGUACCUAUCGCAUUAUACUUACUCCUACAUAAGCUAUUCUCGUACUUAUCUGCGCGUGCGUAUUUUACCGGAUAUCGUUUCAAAGAUAUCGUGUUCGAUUGUACAUAAUAUAUAGGUAUUAAAUAUAGGCACACCUGUCGAGUAUUCGUAGCCUAUUUUAUAGGUACUUAUUGGUACUGUAUUUUUAGUGACGCGUAUAGAUUAUACUUGUAUGUAUUACGUUACGUACCGAUUAUUACGUGCUCUUGCUCGUACUUGUACUAAACUUGUAUAAAAUUUAUACAUAUUUUUAGCAAAUAUAUUAUUUACCCAAUC